AAUUCUCUGUUUCUUAUCCACCCCCACAGAUCAAACGAGCGAAAUAAAACAAAGUAAAUUUCGUUUUCCUUCUCUCUCUCCUGGAUUUCCGACGAUGGCUACCGGAGGAAACAGAGAGAGAGGAUCGGAGUUCAAAUCGGCGUAUAUAUGUAGCAGUGACAACUACGGGAAUGAAAUGAACGGCAGGAGCCAAGUAAAUCAGCGGUUUCCGGCGGCGUGGAAUAAUACGCACGGCCAUAUGCACGGCGGUUCCUCGUUUUCCGGUGGAUAUGAUGAGCCGGAGGCCAAGAGGCAGCGGCGGAUCGCCAAGUACAAGGCCUACGCCGUCGAAAGCAAAUUGAAAUCGUCGUUUAGAAAUGGGAUUCGGUGGGUUAAGAUCAAGUGUAAUGACAUUUUUCAUCGUUGAUAUUUUAUUGACAACGACGUUGAAUUGUCAUAUUCGGGGUGCUCUGAUCACGCUACCACCAUUUAUGUUUUGACACGUAGGAGAGAGAAAUAUAGGAAGAGAAUUAUUUUUCCUACUUUUUUAAAAGAUUUAGCUGGUCAAUUCUUAAUGGUGGUUAGCAGAAAAAACACGUUGAUACUUAAAAGCACUUAAUUAUUUUUCUUUAAUUAAUUAAUUCUCAA